AUGAGUCUCUCCAUUAAGCUCAUCCUUGCUGAAUGGCUCGCUCAUCACUCCUGCGACCGCUUCGCUCUGGUAAGCUCAAUGCUCAGGGAGACCGACUACAGAGUUGAAGCAGCGAUUGCUCUGAUCUGCUCCCUCCUCGCCUCCUCUGCCUCUCCGCUCUGGCAGCCAGUCGAGAGCUCAUCGGCCAUUCGGAUGUCCGUGGCACGCUUCACGGACAAAGAUGUGCUGGUGUUCGAGGGCAACCGAACCCACAACGACCACUUCAAGCUGAUGCUCCAUGACGGCGCCGGCGCCAUGCUUAUCGGCGGCAGAAAUAUGAUCUACAACGUGUCUUUACAUGACUUCAAAGUACAAAAUAAAAUCGAAUGGUUUCCAGGGCAUUCGCCUAAGGAAUCGUGUUACCUCAAAGGUGGCUCAGAUGAACUAUGCCAGAACUACAUCCGUAUUUUAACGCACAAAGCGCCGGGACAAUACAUCAUCUGCGGCACAAACGCCUAUGACCCCAUGUGCCGCGAGUUCAAAUUAGAGAAUGGGGCACUACAGAUGGAAAGAGAGUUCCAGGGGCGGGGAUUGUGCCCGUUCGGUCCUUCACACAACAGCACUUCGGUGUUCGCCGAUGGACAACUGUACGUGGGCUCGGUGGCGGACUUCGCUGGUCUGGAGCCGCUGAUCUACCGAGAGCCUCUGCGCACAACUCGCUACGAUCUCUCCGUGCUCAAUUCGCCCGACUUCGUGAGCUCGUUCGCGCUCGGCGACUUCGUGUACUUCUUCUUCCGCGAGACUGCCGUCGAGUACCUCAACUGCGGCAAGACGCUGUACUCGCGUGUGGCUCGAGUCUGCCGCCACGACAAAGGCGGGCCCCACAAGUUCAAGAACAAGUGGACGUCGUACCUCAAGUCUCGCCUCAACUGCUCUGUUUCAGGAGACUUCCCAUUCUACUUCAACGAAAUACAAUCAACAACAGAACCAAUAGAAGGUCGGUACGGUGACCACGCCACGACGCUGCUCUACGGCGUCUUCACCACGCCAGAGAACUCCAUUCCAGGCUCGGCCAUAUGCGCCUUCACGUUCCAGGACAUCAUGGACACGUUCGAAGGCCCCUUCAAGGGGCAGUCUACCGUCAACGCCAACUGGCUGCCUGUACAAACUACUCAGGUGCCGGAACCCCGUCCUGGACAGUGCGUUAAAGACUCCUCGACUCUGCCGGACGUGACGCUGAACUUCAUCAAGUCGCACUCGAUGAUGGACGAGGCUGUGCCUGCCUUCUUCGGCCAGCCUGUGCUUAUACGCACCGCUACACACUACAGCGGCCGCUUCAGCGCCAUCGCUGUUGACCCGCAGGUUCACACCCACGACGGGAAAAGCUACGACGUCCUCUACAUUGGCACUGAGGAUGGCAAGGUGAUCAAAGCAGUUAACACGAAGUCUGCGGACUCCUUCCAAGAAGUCGAGCCUUUCAUCAUCGAAGAAAUUUCAGUGUUUGAGCCGAGCACUCCCAUCAACUCUCUGCACAUCGUGCGUUCUUCACAGCGCCACCCGCGGCUAGUUGUGGGCUCCAGCGAUCGCAUUUACUCCAUCCCUCUUGUGCGAUGCUACACCGACAAGAUCAUGUCAUGCAGUGAGUGCGUGGCGCUACAGGACCCAUACUGUGCAUGGGACAAAUUCAACAGCAAGUGUCGUGUAGUGACACAAGGCAAGGAGCUCAUCCAGAGCAUCGGUACGGGCGUACACCGAGACUGCGGCAAGGAGAAGCUGCCGUCGCACUCUGCCUCCAUCAACAGAGACUCUAGCGUCUCUGCCAGCAGCAACAGCGUCACCAACACGCAGCAUCCAGCGCAUGAUGAACCUCAUGAUGUAGGUGGAGGCAGCAGCGUCUCCAGCACCAAGUCUGUGCCGCUGCACUUCACCACAGAGACGCUCGCCAUCGCCGUGGCGUCUGCGGCCAUCGGAGCUCUCAUAUUGGGUUUCAUCACAGGAUUUUUCUGCGGUAAAAAAUGCAACAAAGAAGAAGACAACCAACUUUACGCAGCCACGGACUACGAGUACUACGACCAGAGACAGACGCCGAAUAGUCGUUUGACAAGUGACAUGCAGGAGGAGGUGACAUACGCUGAGCCAGUUCUUGUCAACCCUCCCCUCAACAAGAACGUCAACCUGGUGCUCAGUAUGUCCCCAAAGGCCCCCAUGAAGACGCCCUCUACUCCAGGCCAGCCUCUCCCAAAUGUCGGGAUGAUGGGAGGUCCUCCUGAUCAGUCAAUGGGCCCUAUGCUGGCCCUGCAGCCACAGCCCGGCAUGCAGCCAACACUGCAGCAACAACAACAAGGACCUCAAGACAUUCCUUUACAUUACACUCCUGAGAGCUACUCUACGCACGGCACUCUCAGGACCUCAGAAAAAUAUGGCACGCGUGGCCGUGACCACAGGAGGGGUGACUAUGACCACCGCACUCCUGAUGGCUAUUCUACGACGCGAUCUGUGAAGAAAGUUUAUCUGUGAACCAACUCUCCUAAACGCUCUCACUCUCCAUUGCACGCUUUCAACGUAGAUCCUCGCUGUGGCCUGGUUGCUCCUUUUAACACCAACAAUAGUGUUCUAGCUAACCCAGCCUUUGGUUAUUAUUCCAACAUACUAGUGAAUAAUUUCAAUGAACCACAAUCCAUACCUCCUUGUUCCAUAUAUAGCAACAUUCAACCUGUACCUCAACCAGCAUCGUGUUAUGCUGCUCAUCAAAUGUACACCAAUCAGUCUCCAUCUUCAAACGAUUCCCAUCACACAAAUCAAUCCGAUUCUCUCUCGGACAUUGGCUCUGCUGAUCGUAAUCUCCAGUCUCACACUCCUCAAUCUCACACACCCACAUCUCAUACUCCACAAUCUCACACGCCUCAGUCUCACACUCCCCAGUCUCGCACACCUCAGUCGCACACGUCAACUGAACUCUACAGCUCAAGCUCUCCUGUAUUCGGAUUGCGCAGUACGAUGCACAAUCCACGUCGGUGCAUCACUCCUACGUGUGGUAGCAGCAGCAGCUCUAGACCUUCGAUAUCUUCCAACACCGCAAUUCUAUUUCCUCAGCAUUACCUUCCCAGUUCUGAAUCUAGUCGCAGUGGCCGCAGCCCCAACAAAGUUUCUAAGACAGACGUACAGCAAUGCUAUCACAUUGGUACCUUGCCUCGAUCCCUUCAUUAUUACUCGCACAACAAAGCCAGGAAAUACCCUGUGUCUCCUCGCGACGAAGCAUCGAUCCUUCUUCAGCCUCUACUGCAGUCCAGGCGAUGAAAAGAUGCGUCACGUUUAGCGACUGUUUUGAAAUAUCAUUCUAAUUUACACAAAUUUUGAUUCAUCAAACAAAAUUGUCUUAUCUUCAAUGACUUGUUCUUUGUUGCGACAGCCGUUGUGAUUGUACUCGAUUCGCAGUCAACGUUGACGAUACUUAAACUUUGCACUAAAGGUCGUUGACAUUCUUGAACCAAGAGGAUUUCAUUUUGAAUAUUUUUUUGCAUUUAUAAACUCUCAUAAAAUUAUUCAACGCAUCUCGUAUGUACGUUACAGCUUGACCCAAGUUAGCUGAUUCAGAAACAAGUGUGACUCAGGUACACUGCAACCUCAUUCGCAAACACAAGAAUUAUCCAGAAAAAUUGAAAGCUGGAAAGCGCUGCUAUAUGGAGAGUCAGAGUGUUUAUUCAUACCCUGAUCCUGUUUCUCUUAAUCCUUAUCACUGUGUAUGGUAUGUCUGUUAUGCGUUACCCUUCCUUGCCCUUCCCCACCAGUAUUAUAAGUGUAAAUAUUCACGUCUAGAGCAAAGAUUGCCACUCCCCACUCUGGUGCCAAGAUGCAACUCAAAUAGUCCUGAGUGGAUACGAAUAGUACUGCAUUGUACUAACCUACUUAUUAAUUGCACAAAAUUGUCAUAUUAAUGAAUCAAAAUCGGAUAUCGCUUCGUGUUUCAGUCAUCGGUGAAGAUUUUUCCGAUGGUUCAGAAAUUUUUGGCUACAAGUGCUAGGUACGUAAAACGAGCUGCGCUCGUGUAAAAUGUUACUUAAUUUAAAAUGUUUACCUGUUGUUCUUCCCUCAUCAGAAAAAAUUCAUAAGCACGUCGAUAAAAUUCACGUUCCAAAUGGACAAACGGGCGUUGGCCUUGUAUAACGUUCAUCUUCUGGACGCCUGAUGUUUGGGGUUAGGUCUUGACAUGAAAAUGUCAAGUGGAUCGCCUUCAAUAAUACGUUUCAGUGUAUUGCCAGUGUUGAGAUGAUGAGACUUUGAAUUGAAUAAGAAUGUUUUUUAUUGAUAAUGAAUGGAUUGGAGGUGUAUGUGUGCUCGGCAGCUCAUUGGGCCUUUGCUUUAUAGUUCUGUCGUAGUGAACUCGUAGACUUCUAGACCAAGUGCACUCUAGUAUAGCGGUGUGGCUUGUGCGGCCUUCUGUCAACGAUUAAGUUGAGGUGUGCCAGAACGCUGUUCUCCUAAGAGAUCUCUUUCAUAAAGCUAUAUCUGUAAUUCAUAUCGUUUAUAGCUCGUCAGUAUUAUCAAAGGGUAGCUCCUCAAUAAGCCAGAAUGAUAACUCUAAAUUUCGGCCACCACUGACAUUAACGUAAUUCUAGUUUACCGGAAGAAAUUUGAAGUAAUUUUAAAGAGUUACUUGAGUUGAUGAUUAAUUAAUGAA